AUAUCUGUUUACGACAGAUAAGGCAGAGCACAUUUCCCAAAAUGAAGCGUUUAAAACUUUUUAGAGCAACGUUGGCGUUCCUUAUUAUUUGUGCUCUCCAUUUUAUAAAUGGAAAAACUAUAACUGCCAUUGUGAACGAGUCUGUGGUGUUACCCUCUGGAGUGCCAUCUGACUUUCAUCCUACAGACAUCCAGUGGUCGCUUUUUUCAAAUGUGACACUGAUUGCUACGUUAAUAUCUGGCAAGAUCAGGGAUGAUUGGUAUGAACAGUUUAAGAAUCGACUGAAACUUCACACCAACAAUGCCUCCCUGGAAAUCUUACAGCUGCGGACACAAGAUAGCAUGACAUAUUAUGUGUCUGCUUUCAAUCACAGCAGCCCUGAGCACAAAAGUGAAAUCACAUUGAUUGUCUAUGAUAAACUUCAACCCCCCAAAUUGGAGGUUUUACAGACCUCGAAUGAAAAUAGCGAAUGCACUUUCAAAUUUGAGUGCUCAGUACAACAAGUAAAAAAUGUGGAUUACUUUUGGAAUGCUAUGAGCACUAAUGUCACCUGGAAGGAAAAUGCACCCUCUUUAGAAAACAGAACAUCCGUUUUAAAGAUUUCCCAAGUUCCAGUCAACUUAAAUGUGACAUACAAUUGCAAAGUGUCUAAUAACAUGACCAAUGCAUCAGCUACAAUGUCAGUAAGCUGCAUUGCAAUCACGUAUGAUUCACAUCGACACCAGACACUUCUAAUCAUUGCCUUCUUCUUCGUAUUGUUUGUAAUAAUCUGUAGUUUUAUGUUUGUUUCUAAGAAAAGAAGUAAAGAUCAGCUGGAGAUCAAAAGCAAGAAAGAUCAUUUUUACAUGUCCUGCAACUCAUUUUGCACAAAUUGCAGUGUUAGUUACUGUUAUGAAAAUGAGCAUAAUCUGAAUUUAGAAGGAUUAGCAGUGAAGACAUUGGACUAGUCAUAUAGACUGUCAUUUUGAAUAUUAAUAAAUGUAUUAAUGAUUCUGUUUCAGGAUUAGUUCUGAAGUAACACCAGAAUGAACACCAUAAUCAUGAAAUGAACAAGAGAGUUAAAUGCAGGUGUAUGGAUAAACUGAUUAAUGACAACUAGUUAUGGCAAGUCAAAUUAUCAUUUAGAGAUAUUUUUAAAACAUUUAAGAUCUCUCAAUAUUUAAAGGUAUCUCCAAAUCAUUUAUAGAUAUCUGUAAAUGAUUUAAAGAUAUAUGGCAAUUAUUUAAAGAUAUCUUUAAAUGUAUGUCUAAUUAAGAUAUCUUUAAUGAA